AUGAGCAAUAAGUUACAUCUACAGGUGAUGGAAACAUUUAGCAAUCGACUGUUACGCAAAAGAGACGCAUUACUGCGAAGCAUUUCGAAGUCCGAUAAGCGUCGAGACGAUGGACAAGAAGUAAGACAGCAACUUUCAGUGGAGCGAGAUUCCGGCCACAAUAAUCUUACAGUUGCGGUCCACCGUUCAGUUAGAAACCUUAUUAAGUUAGGCUUCACCUUUUCACAAAUUGUCGAAGGAUCAGGAGUUAGCGACGCUUUCCUGAGGCAAGCAUUUAGAGAGCUCUCUUUAGAUCUGCCGAAUGCGAAGCAGCUGGAGGAGCCCCGGGAUGAUCGCAAUUCCACUGGCUAUCUUAAACCGAGAUUCACCGUGCCGAAGGAAGACAACAAUCCCAACUCCCUACCGGAGGGAUCGAAUCAAGACACUGAGAAACAAACAAGGAGGAUGAUUGAGCCGGAGCUGCGGCUGUUCAUGCUAAAAACGCGACUAGAGAUCAAUAGGCUGCGAUCUCUCGCGAAACAGCCUGAACUUGCCGAGCAACUCAAACAAGAUGACGCUCAAUCAGCAAUUGGAAAACUAAAAAAUGCGAUCUUCUCAAACCUCCAGGACUUCUUCAAUGAGAUUGAGGUAGCUGAUCCUGUUAGAACUUCAACUCGAAACGACGAGACUCCCAAAAGAGCUCACGGUGAUAUAAACUUAACAUUGGAACGAUCACGGAAGAGAGCCAAGACCCAGAAUCUCCGCGACAUGAAAGGAGACCCUAAUGCUAAAGAAAACGUCGAAGUCAGUCAAAAGACGGACCCGUCAAUGGUAUGUGACUCAAUGCACCACCGGGCUUAA